ACAAUAGAGCAAUAUGUGCCUCUGUUAAAGCUCUUUUUAAGUUCUGCUGCAAAGUGUUUACGGAGAGCAGCUGGUCUCAGGACUGUCUGGACAGUGAAUUGCCGACUGGCGUGGAUCGGCCUAUUCGUCAUUAGGGCCGAAUUCUCCUCGUUGUGCGUCGUGCUCUCUAUUACACUGACGUUCGCGAGACUCGCGGCGAACGUAUCUGCGGAGCUGAUUCCGAGAGGAAAUUUGCUCAUUACACACUUGGACGCCAUUUUCAGUUCUGUCGGAGGUGGCCUCUACUGUAGUGAGUGGCCUCCGGUGGCCACUUUCUGGUCCUUCAACCAACCCCCAGGAAGACGUGUUGCAUUUCGUGCAAAGUGACGAGAAAUCGUAGCUGCUGACGACACCAUGACGAUUCUCGCCCCUAAGAAGAGUGGACAGGGGUCCAAGCAGGCUGAACAGGAGGCGGCGGAGCAGUCGCCUCCGCAUCAGCAACUCCCUCAGCCUCGCUCUCCACAGGGCAACGAUUUGCUCGGAGCUGGCUCGCACAGAUGGUCUCCAGGGCUCCGGGAGGAAGCGGAGGCAGCAGUGGACGGCAGUCGCAAGCGGUCAAUGCGAGCCUCACCCCACAGACGCACCAAGAGGGAGCGUGGCGCCUCCUCUCCAGGGUCAGGGGGCAGAACCUCACCUGACGAGCCCCCCUCGCAACAGCAAGAGACAGCCUCGGACACGGCUGACCCUUCCGGAUACAACUCUGGUGACGAGCACAAAAACGAUCCAAACGAGGAGGCAAAGUGGCUUGAGAUGGAGCGAGGUUUUGCGAAGAGACUUAGCAAAAAGGGUUUGGUGGUGCGAGAAAUGGCGAAAGACGGCGCUUGCCUCUUCCGCGCCGUUGCUGACCAAGUGUAUGGCGAUCAGGAGAUGCACGAAAUUGUCAGAAAACACUGCAUGGACUACCUGGAGCGAAAUCGCGAUCACUUCAGCCAGUACGUCACUGAGGACUUUGACUUGUACGUUGGGCGAAAGCGCGACGUCUCGUGCCACGGAAAUCACAUCGAGCUGCAGGCCGUGUCUGAAAUGUUCAACCGGCCGGUGCAAGUGUUCUGCUAUGAUUCGGAGCCGCUUGAGAUCUGGCACGGUUGUACUGAGCCCAGCGACGACCCCAUUAUACUGUCGUACGAGCGCGGUUCUCACUACAACUCGCUCUUCAACCCGACCAAAGAGCCCCUCAACUGCAAACCGCAGCUGCCAAUGAUGCACCAAGGCAUCAAGGACGCAGCCCUGGUCGCUGAUGCGCUCGCUCAUUCUGAAAACUUUGCCAUCGAACAGGCUAUGCUGCAGGACAAGAUUUUUGCUUCGGACAUGGAAGCAACUGAAAGGGUUCUUGAAGAGCAAGUGGCCAGAGCAAGCUACAUGGACUGGGUCAGAGAGGCAGAAAAGAGGCAGAAAAACAAAAUGGGCUCAUCUAGUGCUACAGCGACAGUGACCUCUGGCUCGAGCAGAAGCAGGUGCGGCAGUGGCUCGCCGCCUGCCGGCCCCAGCAGCAGCUUUGAUCUGUUCUAUAGCACCCCAAGCACAAGCUGGGCUCCCGCCCCGGGGCCAAGCUCUGCUGAGAACUCUCUGCCAGUGCCGUGCUCCUCUCAAGAGGCUGCGCCAGCAGCCCAAGACUCGUGCUGGCCCACCAAGAAAAAGAAGAAGCAGAAGAACGAACACAACUGAAUUCCAUUUCAUUUGCUGAAAAAAAGACUUGCUUCAACGUGAUAAUUGAUCAUCGCAUGCUGGCUUAGCCAGCCUGGAUGGAUGUGACAGCAGAUACUAUGUCAUCAAUAAAAGAGAAUAAUGUGAAUAAUAUAUGUGUAUUGCAAAAAUUUAUGUUUGCAUUUAAGGAAACCCACUGAAACGUUUUGUGGAAAAUAA